CUAGUCGCGGGAUUGCGGAGCCUGGGGGAGGAGCCCGGAGUCGACGGGCGCGCUAAGGGUUACACGAGCGCAACUGGGGGCAGCAGUGGCCCAGUUCCGGGAGCUCUCCCAGCGGGCUCUCAGCCUUUGGCUGAUGGGCAAGACUGGGAGAGGACAGUUAGAGCUGCUCCCUGUUAAUUCUUCUGCUAAAAUAGUCAAAGCUGCGUCUUGCUUCCUUCGGCCACCGGGUUUGAGCGCCUGCCGGUGCCAGGCUUCCAGCUUAGCAUUGUAGGGGCCUCUGAAGAUCUAAAGCAUGGAUCUGCCUGUGGAUGAGUGGAAAUCAUACGUCCUUAGGAAGUGGUCUUUGCUUCCACUUUCCAGUCAGGUCACAAUUUCAACGGCUGAGACUUUGAGCGAUAUAUUUCUUCAGUCCUCUUUGCUUCUUCGACCUGAGGAUGAGAUGUUUUUAAAAAGACUUUCUAGCAGUUGCUUGGUAGGAAAGGAUCCUGAUGCUCCUCUUUUCUACAGAGAAGAAGGAAACAAAAAAUUUCAGGGAGAGGACUAUGUGGGAGCUGCAGUGCUGUACUCUAAGGGAGUAUCACAUUCAAGGCCUAACACAGAGGAUGUUUCAUUGUGUUAUGCCAAUCGCUCUGCAGCCCUCUUCCAUCUGGGUCAGUAUGAGGCAUGUCUUAAAGACAUCAGCAGAGCACAGAUACAUGGGUAUCCAGAAAGAUUGCAACCCAAGUUGAUACUGCGUAAGGCAGAGUGUCUGGUGACCCUGGGGAGGCUACAGGAGGCAAGCCAGACCAUCAUUGAUCUUGAAAGUAGCUUCGCUGACAAUCCAACCCUAGCAGCUUCCCACUUUCAAAUUCUGCAGAGAAAUCUCAGUCAUCUGAAAAUUAAGGUACAAGAAAAGGAGACUUUCGCAGAACCCUUCCCAGCAGCUCUAACCAAAGUGUUGAAGGAUAUGGACCUAAAGGAGGAGAAUGAACGAAUUCCCAGUGCUUCAUCAUCUGUCGGUUUAGGCACAGACCCUUUGAGAGGUCGUUAUCUGAUUGCCACGAAAGAUAUUCUACCAGGAGAGCUCCUGGUGAAGGAGGAUGCUUUUGUGAGUGUCCUUAACCCGGGAGAAAUGCCACAACUACAUCGUGGCCUAGAGAACAAGUGGGACACAAGAGUCACUACUGGGGACCUCUACUGUCACCGAUGUUUGAAGCACACUUUGGCCACAGUUCCCUGUGAUGGAUGCAGCUAUGCCAAGUAUUGCAGCCAAGAGUGUAUGCAGCAGGCCUGGGAGCUCUACCAUAGUAUAGAGUGUACUCUAGGGGGGCUGCUUCUCACACUGGGUGUCUUUUGCCACACUGCCCUGAGAUUAACUCUUUUAGCUAGGUUUGAGGAUGUUGGCGGAGUCAUAAGGAAGAUUUGUGGUGAGAUUAGUAACAAAGACAUCUAUUUACCUGAAAGGAAGAAUCGGGGCAAAACACCCAAUUAUGACCUUGAGCAGAAUGAAGAAAAUGGUAAAAUAGUUGAAACCCCAAUUUCUGGAUGUGAUAUUAAUGAAAAGUAUGAAAAUAAUUAUAAUGCUGUCUUCAACCUUUUGCCCCAUACGGAAAACCAUAGCCCAGAGCACAAAUUCCUCUGUGCCUUAAGUGUUGCUGCACUGUGCAGACAGCUAGAAGCAGCCAGCUUUCAGACCCUUACACCAGCUUUGAAAUCUUCUAAGCUGAAAGCAGCAGUGGCUCUUGCAUUGUCUCCAGAGUUGAAUAUUUGGGGAGUGGCCAUGCUGAGACACAUGUUACAGCUGCAAUGUAAUGCUCAAGCAAUAACCACUAUACAGCAGAAGGGAUCUAAAGAGAACAUCAUUACUGAGAGCAGGCAGGUUCGCCUUGCCACAGGCCUCUUCCCAGUUGUCAGCCUCCUGAACCAUUCCUGCAGCCCCAACACCAGCCUGGCUUUCACUGGCACUGUCGCCACCAUUCGGGCAUCACAGCAGAUUGGAAAAGGGCAAGAGAUUCUCCACUGCUAUGGACCUCAUGAGAGCCGCAUGGGUGUUGCUGAAAGGCAGCAGAAGUUGAGGUCUCAGUAUUUCUUUGAAUGCAACUGCCCUGCUUGUCAAAAUGAGAAGCACAGAACCACCGCAAGGCCCAGGUGGGAAGCAUUCUGUUGUAACAGUUGCAGAGCCAUCAUGCAGGGAGAUGAUGUGCUGAGCUGUGGUAACAGAUCUUGUACACAAUCGGUCAGCAGGGAUCACCUGGUCUCUCGGUUACAGGGCCUUCAGCAGCAGGUUGGAGUGGCCCAGAAGCUUCUCAGAAAUGGUAAACUAGAGCAAGCCAUUCAGCAGUUGCUGGGGUGCCAGCGUGAUGCUGAGAGCUUCCUGUCAGCAGAACACACCAUGGUGGGCGAAAUUGAGGAUGACCUGGCCCAGGCCUAUGCUGCCUUAGGUACAGCAUGUGCCUUCAUUUUCUACUCUGAGGAACAAGUCUGUCUGGUGUGGUUCACCGUGACCCUGGCCUUGGCUGGAGAUUGGGGAAUGUCAGCUACCCACCUACAGAAGAGUCUCCGAAUGGUUGAGGUUCGCCAUGGGCCAUCUAGUGUUGAAAUGGGCCAUGAGCUCUUCAAACUGGCCCAGGUCUUUUUCAAUGGGUUUGCAGUACCUGAAGCUCUGAACACGAUACAAAAGGCAGAAAAGGUUCUGUCAGUACACUACGGCCCUUGGAAUGAUGAGAUUCAGGAGCUACAAAAGAUGAAAUCCUGUUUAUUGGACUUGCCACCCAUACCUAUGGGGCCUUCAGUGUAGGGUGCCAACAAGACUUUGACCCACAGGAGAGGAGCCUCUGGAAGAUGAGUUAAAGCCAAGCUGUCACCAGGAAGGACAGGAUUUGCCUGCAAGUCACAAACCUAGUGUUUGAGGGGAAGGAAGCACUUCAGUUGGAAAGAGAUGCUCACCUAUUUUGAUGACUGUUUCUGAAAAUAAUUAACUGCCCUCCACUAAAACUCCCAGUUCCCAGAAAAGAUUUAAAUGAGUAUCUGGAGAGUCCAAGCUCUUUAAAAGGAUUUUAGCUGAUCUGCAGGCAUCUGGGUUUUAGCCUUGGGUUUUGGCUAGAUUCCAUCUCACUAAAUCAUGAUAGUUGGUUUUUGUGAAACAUUCCUAUGGCUUCUAGUAAUGAUGAAAUGUUACAUACCACUCCAGUGGGAACCUAAACUCUUUGUAGUUAUCCUGUAACUUGGAAAUAAUUAUAAAGCAAGUGAGGUUCCUUACCUCUAGAGACACACAUAUCUAGCUUCCUCUAAUCCUUUGUUAAAACUGGUGGAGUAUAAAUUGUAAAUAGAGAAGUAAGACGGGGCCAUCCUAUUGUUGGGCAGUUUCUUCCUGGGGUGGUAUCUCUAAAUAUGUUUUCUACCAAUUUUCCAAUCCUUAUUAUUUGACUUUCAUUCUAUACUCUUGGUAAACUCACUGAUGAAACACUAAUAAAGUUAAACUUCUAGUAAAGAUUUUA